UUUCAUUUACUCGUCUUAAAUUUUACGCAUGCAGAGCUGCAGGUCAAAAAUGAGCCCUCUGGCUCCUAUUUCUACCGUUGCACAUAAGCUCAGCCGUGCUCUCAUCUCCGCUUCAAAGCCCUCACAGCGGUGGAGCUCCGCCGUCGAAGAAACUCUCCGUUCCUUCCUCUUCUCCUCUUCCUCCUCCUUAACUCUCACUCCCACACUGGUCUCCUCCGUCAUCGACCCACACCUCCUUCACCACCACUCCCUCGCCGCCGGCCUCUUCCACUUCGCUUCCCACCAACCCAGCUUCUCUCAUUCCCCGUUGUCCUUCCACUCUUUCCUCAAAUCCUUAUCCAUUUCCCGUCAUCCUCACUCUAUCCUCUCCCUUCUAAAGCUCGCACGGACUCAACAAAUUCCUCUCCUUCCCUCCUCUAUCACCCUCGCCGCCUCAUCUCUUCUCCACACUGACAAAGCUCUCGAUGCUGCCGAGAUUCUUAAGAACGCCAACAAUGAAUUCCCUCCAACCAUCUGCAAUUCUGUCCUUGCUGCAGUCUCUUCCGGUGGCUUUCUUGUUGUUGCGACUCAACUGUUUGAUGUAAUGCUUCUUAGAGGUAUUCAAUUUAGCACUGUUGGUUUCGGUUGUUUUAUUGGGAAGUUCUCUAGAGUGAAUGAUUUACAAAAGACUCUUGAUUUAGUGGAGAAAGUUAAGAGUGGAAUGAAUUGCCGGAUUGAUGGGUCAAUCAUUGCUGUCUUGACUGUAGACAGUCUUUGUCGGGCUGGUCGGAUCGACGAUGCUUGGCGGGCUUUGGAAGAACUGAGAAGGAGAGAUUGUAAACCUGAUUUCAUUGCUUAUAGAAUUGUGUCCGAGGGAUUUAAAUCAGUGGGAAGAUUAGAUGAAAUGGAAACGAUCUUGAAGCAGAAGAGAAAGUUGGGGGUGGCUCCUCGAGCUAAUGAUUACAAAGAUUUCAUUUUUUCAUUGAUUUCUGAAAGAAGAGUUUUGGAAGCAAAGGACCUAGGUGAAGGUAUAGUCAAUGGAGAUUUUCCUAUAGAAGAUGAUGUUCUUAAUGCAUUAAUUGGAUCAGUUUCUACUCUUGAGUCAGAUUCAGCUGUAAUGUUCUGCAAAUACAUGAUUGAGAAAGACAGAUUUCCAAGCCUUUUGGCUCUUAAAAAUAUGAGCAAAAACCUAUGUAAGGAUGGUAAGAGUGAUGAAAUGUGGAAUCUCUUUAAGGUUCUUAUUGAUAAAGGCUAUUUCAAAGAAGUUGAACAGUAUAAUGUGAUAGUGUCUUUUCUGUGCAAGGCAGGGAGAGUGAAGGAAGCUUAUGGCGUGUUAAAUAAGAUGAAGAAGAAAGGCUUCAAGCCAGAUACUUCCACUUACAAUUUCCUUCUGGAAGCUCUUUGCAGAGAAGAUCUUUUGCGCCCGGCUAAAAAGCUCUGGGAUGAGAUGUUUACAAAUGGAUGCUGUGCUAAUUUGAGGACAUAUAACAUCCUUAUUAAAAAAUUUUCACUAGUAGGUGAAACUAAUGAGGCUCUGAAACUUUAUGACCAUAUGUUGAGAAAAGGUGUUGUUCCAAAUGAUGUUACUUAUUCUUCAACCAUGAAGCUGUUGUGUCAAGACAAUAAGAUAUGUGAGGCCCUUGAUAUAUUCAAUCACUGUUUGGAACUGGACACUGCGCUUGCAAGUUCAACAUUACGUACUUUAGUGCUCUCACUUUGUAGUGAAGGUAAUUAUGUAUAUGCAUCACAUGUCAUGCAUGGCGUUCCAGACAAAAUAGAAAGCUGUGAUUCAGAUAUUAUUCUGUUGAAAAGCUUAGCAGAUGCUGGAGAAAUGGAUAUGGCUGCCAAGCAUGUAGAGUGGGUAAAAAACAACUCUCCUUUCAAAUUACAAGAGAUAGUAAACCAACUCCAUGAGUCUCUUUCUACUACCCCAAAACUUGAUUCUGUUCUGCAACUGCUUCGAUCUGUGCAAUCUCAGGGCCUCAUUUCUGAUGUUGGUAACUGGACUAAAUUCUAUGAAGGAUUUCACUGAGUAUUGUAAAAUUCUGCUUAUAAACCAAUUUUGUUGGUCUAAUUUACCCAUUUUGCAUUAUGGCAUUGAUUUAGGCUUCGUUUGGGACGGGUUUUUUGUUGCUUUCUAAAACAACUUUUUAGUACAAAAAUUUUUUGUUAGAAAAUUUUAUGCUAGAAAGCCGUUUGAGGAAGCAGCUGUCCCAAACGGAGCCUUAGUGUAAAUACCAUUCUGGUAGCUGUCCCAUUGAGCGGAUCUAUUGUAGUGUCUUUGUAAAUAAAUUAAACAAAAAUGGAACAACUUAUAAAUAUAUUGUCACACAAUGCUGGUUAUACCUUAA